CAUAUCAUGGCUAAAAAUAUGUAAAGUGCUAGAAAAAAUUGUUUAGUGCUGAAAACAAACUAUAUAUACAAAACGUGCUGGCAUAACAGCCACUCACAUACAGCUUAAAAAAGAUUUUAUAUUCUUUCUUUAUCUUUUCAGCUGCCGAAAGAUGUGCAGAUACCCGUGUUAUGAGAUGCAAAAAUCCCUCCCCUUUCUCGAACAAGUUUCUAUGUAUCUUAGGCGAUUGUGAAUACUCAGGUGAAGCUUUGUUAGCUUGUGUACCAUUCUAUUUCAGUCAUUCGUUGUGAUCUGAAUACAUUAGGUUGCGAGGACGGAAUCAAUUUUUAAUGAGGGUCACUCUCGAGAAAACUCAGCGCUCGGCAGGCUUAAUUUAUCUUGGGGAUUUCCCAUUAAGCUCUUUGUCAGCGCGUUUCUACUACUCCAAGAACCAAGCCAGACAUCGCAAUGAACGGAGAAUGGACCGCGACUUGAAACUACGACCAGGGGAGGGGAGGGUGCGCAUGGCAUUGGCCAACCUUACAACCUUGCGGAUAUCCAUUCACGACUCACUAAUUAGGGGUACCAGCAUUGAAUUUAGAAAAUAAAAGUUUUUAACCAACCGCUAACGAAUCCCAUCGAGGCAAAUCAGUAUAUUGCACUGCAGGCAAGUAGAGAUUUUUCUUGACAUUAAUUUUCAAAGCGUAACGGUCUUAAUAUCUUUAGUUUUUCCAAACAAGCGGAGGGUCACAGGGAGUUUUUAUCAAUCAGGGAACACAGUGGUCGCUAGCGAUAGACAGCCACCAAUUGAAUCCUUCAAGCCAGCAAUAAAAUAUUAAAUACUUGAAAGAUAAACUUACACACUCAACGCAAAUGUGUCAAUUACAGAGGUUGAACAAUAGGAAAACCAGGACAAGGACGCAAAGAAUCGCGCUCCAGCCGAACACAAUACGCGUGAAUAAUUCCAUUGGAUCAAACGGCUUUAAAUAUUUAACAGCCGGUGAAUCCACAGAAAGCGAGCUUGUGACCGCGACGCUGAGCUCCGUGCUACGAUCACAUACCUGGCUUAUUAAACGCGAAGUUCGGCCGAUAUUCUUUAAUCCCAGUGCAUUAUUGGUGAAGUGCGGCGGUGAUCAAGUGAAGUAACAAGACCCUGAAGCCGCGGGUUAGCGGUGAGGAGCAGGACAUGGAUCCAUUACACGAAUCCGAUGAGGAGGCGUACUCUGACAGCGAAACCAUGCCGUAUUUAUACGAAGGAGAUCGCAACGAGCAAGGAGAAAGGCACGGCAAGGGAAAAGCCCGCCUGCCUAACGGAGAUGCCUACGAGGGAGAGUACAGGAAUGGCUACAGACACGGCUUUGGCAAAUACGUCUUCAAAAAAGUGAAGGGGAAAUCCCGCAGUGCGUGCUACAUCGGUUACUACGAGAAAAAUAAGAAGAACGGACAAGGGACGUUUUUGUACCCUGAUGGGGCUAAAUACGAGGGGAGCUGGAAGGAUGACCUCAGACAGGGCUUUGGGACGUAUUAUUAUACAAACGCGGAUACGUACCGCGGGGAGUGGGAUAAAGACCGGCGGAACGGACAUGGGACGUACACUUACGCGGCUAGCGGUAUGGUGUACGAGGGCCAAUGGGUCGAGGGCAAGAGAUCAGGUCGAGGCAAGCUGACGUUCGGCAAGCAGUGCUACAUCGGCAACUUUCACGAUGACAAGAUGCUGGGGCCUGGGACCUACAUCUUCCCCAACGGCUCCCAGCAGCACGGCGAAUACGUAAUCGUGGAAGAGGAGAUCGAGAACGGCACGGAGUCCCCAGGGAGGGAGGGAGAGGAGGACAAAAGCACGCGGACGAAACAACUCAAGCUCAAGUGGAUUAGCCAUGGGGGGGUGCACCCUCCUAUCACGGCCACCAAGAAAGAGACGACAGUAAACUAACGACAGGGGAAGGCUGGGGAACCUGCUUUAAGCGGACAGGGAAAACACAGGGCAUGGCUUGGGACAAAGAUCAUUCUACUAACGACAGGGGAAGGCUGGAGAACCUGCUUAAAGCGGACAGGGAAGAACACAGGGCAUGGCUAGGGACAAAGAUCAUUCUACGAACGACAGGAGAAGGCAGGGGAACCUGCUUAAAGCGGACAGGGAAGACCACAGGGCAUGGCUAGGUACAAAUAUCAUUCUACCGUUAGCUGAUUUAAAGCGGACAGCUCUUUCAUGGUUAGACUUCGUGGGCGCAAGAGCCCUUGAACUCCCUGUGUGUUUAUUAUCUGAGACGUCUCUACCGCCUUUUUUAAUUCUCUUUAAUUCAUAAUGUAGUUUAGGGGUAAAAUGCAUGAUGUUUCAAUUUUGUAAAUAGUAUAGCUCAAGGUUUUUAUAUCAAACUUCAAGAACCGACUUCGAGUCUUGAUUAUCCAUUAAAAAUUACUACAGAAAAGCAGUA